AUGAAUAAAAUACCAAUAAAUAUACUACUAAACCCUGUCCAAUAUGAUGAUAAAAAGGAAAAGUUAAGAAAAAUAAAUGAUCGCCUUUUGCAUAUUUGUUCUGAGUUUCCAUGUGAUGUCAAAAAAGUCAGUAUUGGAAUAUUUAUUGAGUUGCAUGGAAUUUUUACAACACUCUCUUCAUUUAGGGAUGAUGGUAGUUUCGACAGCGACGAAAAGUGUUUGCUAAAAGUUACUGCCCAGUUAUCAAAAGUUAUAAAGUUACUCAUCCAGGAAGAAAUAAGACUAGGCUCCUUAAGAGAAGAAUUUAACGCAUCAAAGCACAUUGAAACAGGUAUUGGUAGUAAUACGAAAGAGGAUUUGAAAAAACCAGUAUUUUUUGAUUUAAAUACACCACAGACUGUACAGCAUAAGAUGUCAGGUAAACAUCCAUGUAGGGGACGUAGGUUAGAAAAACCCCAAAUUAAUAUGCUUGAGAAAUGGUUCACAAAUAAUAUCGAGAAACCCUACUUGAAUAAGAAAAGCCUUCAACUGUUAACAAAAGAGACCGGACUCUCCAAUAUUCAGAUCAAGAACUGGGUCUCUAACCGCAGGAGGAAGGAAAAAGUUGUUACUAUAAGUCCUCCCCUUCUUGAUCUAUUGGCAUAA